ACCUCAGAAACUUCAAUUUUUUUUUUAAACUUCACCAUCCUGACUAUCCCAAGUUGCAUUCCUUUAUUUCUGAGCACUAUCGCUCACUUUUUUCGCCAAGUGAUGUGUGCGGUGUGUCAUGGCAGAAGCAGAGACUGUUGGUGACUAUACGAUCAUAAAGGACUUACAAUUUGAAGGCAAAAGCAAGGUAAAGCGUGUUCUACCAGAAUGGCUUGCCAAACCGAAGGUAGUGUCAAUAGAUCUUCAAAAUCUAUCCACCAAAAUUACUGACAUCAAAGACCUGCAUCCAGUACUGGUGAAAAGAUUAGAAAAAAAUAAAAUCACCCACUUCUUUCCUAUUCAAGCGCAAUUAAUUCCUUGGAUUAUAAAGGCCCGUAAAGCUCCAAGGUAUCUUUGGCCUUGCGAUAUAUGUGUGUCUUCACCUACAGGUAGCGGUAAAACUCUGGCUUUUGCUAUUCCCAUCAUUCAACUCUUGCUGGACCGUCUGAUCCCCAAGGUUCGGGCCCUGGUCGUACUUCCGACUCAAGAUUUAGCUGCUCAAGUCUACGAAGUUUUCAAAGAUUAUGUAGCGGGCACUCCUCUGAAAGUGGCCCUAAUUUCUGGUGGAUCAACAUCUCUUAAAAAGGAACAAGCAACAUUAGUAAGACAAUGUCCUAUUAAUGGUCUAGAAUCUCUGGUUGAUAUUGUUGUUACCACACCUGGAAGACUGCUUGAUCAUCUUGAUUCCACUCCAGGUUUUACUCUUUCUGCACUUGAAUUUCUUGUCAUUGAUGAAGCAGACAGGAUCUUGGAUGAUUUUAGAAUGGAAUGGCUCCAGCAUCUAGAGAGGCAUUUAACGAAAGGAGCUCUUGCUGCACCACCAGUUUCUCUGCAUUUACUAAAGACUUUACCACCACGACCUCAGAGGCUUCUCUUUUCUGCAACACUUUCUCAGGAUCCAGAAAAACUGCAACAGCUUGGGUUAUUCCAGCCAAAACUGUUCACUGCAGCCAUUGAUGCUGAUGUUGGAAGCUCAAAUCAAGACUCUACUGUAUUUGUAGGCAAGUUCACAACCCCAAAAGAACUGACAGAAAAGUAUGUUCAGUGUACUGUCGCGAGUAAACCGUUAUUCCUGUACCAUUUCCUAGUGACAGAAAAGUGGUCACAAGUUUUGUGUUUCGUCCACUCUGUUGAGAUGAGCCAUACGCUGGCAAUGUUGUUACAACACCUGAGCAAAUUGGACAACAAACCGUUAAAUGUUGCUGAAAUCAGUGUGGAGAGAGACGUGAAGAACAGGCUUAAAAUCAUCAAGGAUUUUGAAGAAGGCAAAAUUGAUGUCUUAGUGACAUCUGACAGAUUAGCAAGAGGCAUCAGUAUACCAAACGCAAAGUACGUGAUCUCAUUUGAUGUUCCCAAAUUUGCCAAGAAUUACAUCCAUCGUAUUGGUAGAACCGGCCGAGCAGGGCAAUUGGGAACAGCUGUAACCUUAGUUAGCGGGAAAGAAGUUUCCCGUUUUCAAGAUGUAUUGAAAGCAACCAAAAAAACUGGCUCUGUCUCCUCAUUGCCAUUCUCCCGCCGAAGUUUGCACCAGUACGAAGAUAUUUUCAAACAAGCUCUAACAUUAAUCAAAUCAAACAAGGAGGAUGUAGUGAAAAGAAAUUUAGAAAAGGUCAAAUCAGCCAAGAAAUCGAAGCGGCCUGAAAAAUCAAAAUCUGGUAAACUUGUUCACAGGAAAGAUAUUAGACGGAAAGGAGCAGAGUCGACCAAAAAUAGGAGCAUUCCUAAUGGUGAUGUCAUAGAACAGGAUAUACCAAAAUCUACUUCCGAAAACCUAUUGUCUAAUUCUGAAAAGACAAAAUCAGUAGAAAACAGUAUAGUUAUUAAAUCCAAGAAAACUAAACAAGUCAAAAGUGAAGAUUCUGUAAAACUUAAAACGGCAAUCAAUGGUAAAAAAGUAAAUGGGCAACUGAAUAAAGAUUUAAUCAAACUACAGUUACCGGUUGAAAUUCCAAAAAGUGGGGUUGCCAAAAGGCAGUUCAUCAAAGAGACCAUGAAAGCAAAAUGGCAAGCUAGGAAAGUGAACAGGGUCAAAGCGAAGCAAAGGUUAGAGAGUAAAGAGAAAAAGAAACAGAAAAAAAAAUUAAAGAAGAAAUUGAAAAGAAAAGAUGGAGCGGUGAAUGAAGUGGAAGGGAGUAAAGAAAAAAAAUCCACAGAUAAAGUAAAAGUAAAAAAGUCCAAAAAAUUGAAGGAAAUUAUGUGAAGUAUCCAGCAAAUGAUCUUUGAACCCAUGCAUGAAUUUUUUUUCCUUAUGUGCCUUUAGAACUUUUCUUUCAGGCUUAAAACGAAUCUCAGUUCAUAAGUCAGAUUUUAGCCACUGAGAUCCAACGUACAAUUGAUUUCUAUUUCAUCUCCUUACUAUGGUUUCCAAGAAAAUAAUUUUGCACUUUAUAUCAAUCGACACACUAGGAAAACAAGUACUUUGGUUCGCAAUACUACAAGUUUUUUUUUUUGUAGCAUGUGUCCUUUAGCAAGGGUUUCUGGUGAAUUCUCCAAUUUUCUUGAAGUAUUUUUGUUGGAAAUAUUCUGCAAAAUUUGGUUAGCCCUGAUCAGAUUUUGCUAAGCUGUGUUGCUUACUGUUUGAUUUCCUCUCACAAUUUUCGUUUCCCACAAUGAAACUAAAUAUUCUCUUUAAAAUUUUGUGAGAAUGUUUGCCCACAAUCUAUGAUGAAAUGCAUAGAAAGUUCAAGCGAUGUUGUUCGGUUUAAAGGAAAUAAACCAUGAGAAUAUAUUAGGUAACAGGAAGUGCAAUCGAACUGGAUUGUGCCAAACCUAUCAAAUUCGUAAACUCGUAUCAGUACAGAUGUGGAGACACCACAAUGAAGGUAUACGUUUUUCCAACUUUGCAAAUAAUAUUAAGGUAUUAAAAUUCGAGGCAUGAGUGAUGGACCACCAGACAAGGUGUGAAUGUAGGCUUUAAGAUAUGUGUCUUCUCCUCAAAAUUCCAUGUAGAACACGAUUUGUGCAAUGAAAAUUACUGACCGUAAUGCAUUUCCGUUUUAAUAAGAGUCAUUGUAAGAACAACUUAGCACAAUUAAUUUUCCUCUUUAAUAAGUCAGCCACACGUUUUUUGCUCUUUUUACAUUGAUUUGCUGUGCAAAACCUUGCGUCAUUUUUCUCUUCUUACCAAAUUGGGGGCUGUUUAUAAAAUAUGUGACACUCUAUUGGGGGGGGGGGGGAGGGGGGAGAUCUUGAGGCUAUUUUGUUUUUACGUGUUGACGGAUAAGGACCUAACGUCACCAAUGCAUUACAAGGGGGAUGGGAUGUGUUCAAAAAAUCCGAAAUGUAGCAUUACAUAUUUUUUGAAUGGCCCCCUGUGCUGUUCCAUUUUUUCUCUUAAAAUGAUUUUAUGUUCCAUUCGAAAAGUUGUUGCAAGCAGCCAAUAUUUUGAUUUUUCUAAAAGAUUUUGUUCGUAUACUUGGAAGUUUCAUCACUUUUCUAUCAAUUAUUGCGAAUUUUACCUUGAUUUGAAGACUGUGUUAUUUAUUAUUUUUUCUCAUGAAGGCAAUAAUACUUUGGAUGUGGAUGUAUUCUUUUAAGAACUGCUCAGGGUAGUUUAAUAGAUCAAUUUUCCUUUACCCCUCAAUUAUUCACUCUUAUUUCAAUUAUGAAUAUCAGAAUCAUUUACAAAAUUGUGUUUUUUAUUUCUCUGUCCCUGUGUAUUACACAAAUUUGAUAUUGUACAUAAAAAAAAAAAAAAAAAGAUAAAAUAUUCUGUGGUACUGUUGUGUCUCAACUGUCUCAGUUUUCAAAUGAAUGUAAUAACCUGUAUUGUUUGUUAAAUUACUACAAAAUUUUAGGAAUUUUAAUUAAAAAAUUUAAAAUAGAUUUUUAAAUAAAAACCAAGACCAUCAA